AUGAAAUUCUCAUCUGCCCUUGUCACGGGGGCUUAUCUCCUAUUCGCUGCUGCUGCGGUAGCUGCGAAAGAAGACACGAGCUGUUCAUCAUUAACUGCUGCUGAUGCGGAUGUGAGCGGGUGCCCAGAUCCAGUUGGAGCCGUCCUUGCCUUGUUUGACUGCGUCACGAAGAAGGAUAGUGCGUGCGCUGCUGCUGCCUAUGACCCGGGCUUCCAACGCUUUCACAAUGAGGAGUCGACUGGGGCUACCGCAGCCUAA